AUCUGUGUGUACUUACGCAACGAGGACAUCAUGUCCCACUAAGCAAUGAUUCAACUGUUAAGUUGAUUUAAUGUCACAUACAUAGAUGUUGUCUCUCCUGGUGAACUCUUAUUGCUGUAAUGUGUAGGGAGGCAGGUGGUGGCAGACAGGAGAUGACCCGUGGCAGGUACUGGCCUGCUGCAUGGAGCUGACGUCUGCCGUGAGAUCAGGAGACCCUCCCAGCUUCAUCUCCCACCUCCCUGUUCAUCAGGAUGGCUCAUGCAAUGGUCUGCAGCACUACGCAGCUCUGGGCAGGGACUGGCUGGGGGCCAAACAGGUGAACCUGGUACCUGGGGAUAGGCCUCAAGACCCUUAUGCCGGAGUUGCUGCCAUGGUGGAGGAGCAAAGAGCCAAAGAUGCAGCAGAGGGACAUGAAAUUGCCAUCAACCUGGAGGGGAAGAUUAGUCGAAAGGUGGUAAAGCAGACAGUGAUGACAGUAGUGUAUGGAGUGACAUGGGUGGGAGGACGUCUUCAGAUUGCUAAGCAGUUGAGAGGGAGUAUACCGGAUGACCAGCUGUGGGACUGCUCGGCAUACGUGGUGGGAGAAGUCUUCAGAGCUCUCAGACAGUCCUUUGCCAAGGCCAGAGGGAUCCAGGACUGGCUGUCAGCUAGUGCCAGGAAGGUGUCCCUGGCCCAGAGACCAAUGGAGUGGGUCACUCCUCUAGGACUCCCUGUGGUCCAGCCCUACCACAAGAUGUACCAAAAGAGUGUGAGCACUCAGCUCCAGGGUCUCAACAUGAGGGUGGCCUGGAACCCCAGCUACCCUCCCGACACCAGGAAACAGAAGAACGCCAUGCCCCCCAACUUUGUCCACUCUCUGGACUCCACCCACAUGAUGCUCACUGCACUCCAUGCACACAGGGCCGGGAUAUCCUUUGUUGCAGUUCACGACAGCUACUGGACCCACGCCUGUUUUGUUGACACCAUGAAUAGGAUAUGUCGAGAGCAGUUUGUGACUCUCCACAAUGAGCCCAUUCUGUCAGACCUGGCUCAGUUCCUGGAGCACAAGUUUGGAGACCUCACGUACAGAGACAACUCGCUAGAGAAGAGGAAGAGGAUUCAGAAAUGCAUAUUCAGAGAUCCUUUUCCUACAAUUGGUGAUUUGGAUCUAAAUCAAGUGUUAGACUCUACUUACUUCUUCAGUUGACAGUCAUUUCAUGUUCCUCAUACUCAUAGUUUUCAUCCCACACAUCAACAGGAAAAUGGCUAUGCAAAUACACGUGAAUUUCUAGUUCUAUUUCUGACUGCUUUUGUUAAUGUUUUAGUCUACACAGCAACUAAUGUUCAGGCCAGUGGCUCUAUACUACGCACUGCCAAAAUCGCUAAGCUAAAACUAAAAAUUAGUUAGCUUUUUAGUGUAUUCAGUUACAUCGCAGUGUUACAUUGCAGUGGAUGCAGUGGCGACAUUUUGAGACAGAGGUAGUUUAGCAGCACUUUCAUUCAGAGGCUGA